AUGAAUGGGGUCUCAAGGGGUCACAGCCUCCAGGACAGACCGCCUGCCGCUCUGACACUCAGUCUGUCCUGUCCUAGAGAGAUGUCCGAUUCCAACUGCCUCUCCGAGGAUGUGGCGUGCCUCCGCUGGCUGACCGUGGCCGUCUUGUCCGUGUCCUUUGUCGUGGGUGUCCUGGGCAACGGGCUGGUGCUGUGGAUGAUGGCCUUCCGCAUGGCCCGCACGGUCCCCACCGUCUGGUUCUUCAACCUGGCCCUGGCCGACUUCACCGUCUUGCUGUCCCUGCCCGUGGCCAUCCACAGCGUGUACUCCGGCCAGUGGCUCCUGGGCAAGUGGGCCUGCCAGUUCUACACCGCCUUCCUAAGCCUCACCUUCUUCACCAGCAUCUGGCUCCUGGUCCUCAUCUCUGCCGACCGCUGCGUCUCCGUCCUCCACCCUGUCUGGGCCCGGAGGCACCGAACCGUGCAGCGGGCCAACUGGCUGGCAGCGGGCGUGUGGUUCCUGGCUGUCAUCUCCUGCGUGCCACAGCUGAAAUUCCGGUCUGUGGCCGAGUGGCAUGGCUGCAAACACUGCUACUUUGAGUUCAGCGUGGAGAAUAAGACCAGUAAGAGCUGGGAUUCGGCAGCCAUGAACAGACAGGUGGCUGUGACCGUGGCCCACUUCCUGCUGGGCUUCCUGGCACCCCUGGCUAUCAUCGGCGCCUGUGCCCACCUCAUCCGGGCCAGGCUCCGGCGGGAGGGCUGGGUCCAUGCCAGCCGGCCCAAGACGCUGCUGCUGGUGCUGGUCAGUGCCUUUUUCAUCUUCUGGCUCCCGUUCAACUUGGCGCUCGUGGUCCAGGCGGGGCGGCAGAUGCCAGCCCACAAGGACACCCAUCACCCCCAGUUGCCGCUCACCCUCUGGGCCACCAUCUCCCUGGGCUGCGUCAACAGCUGCCUCAACCCCUUCCUCUAUGUCUUCAUCGGCAGAGACUUCCAGAAAAAUUGUUUCCAGUCUCUCGGGUCUCUGCCUUCCGCCCUGGCCCGGGCGUUUGGGGAGGAGGGGCUUCUUAGUCCGCCCGCCUCCACUGAGGUGAAGCCCCCGGGGAGUGACGGAAAACUUCAGGCUGGCACUGAAAGUCUUCCUUCCCAGAUCAAGGCCCCUUAG